AUGAUUAAAUUAUAUUGGUUAAAAAUAUCAUUAAAUAAUAAAUAUAUAUUUAAAAAUUUAAAUAAAAAUAAUAAUAAAAAUAUUAUUUUAAAAAUAUAUAAUAAAAAUAUAUAUAUUUAUAAAAAAUUAUUAAAUAUAUAUUUAAAAGUAUAUAAUGGAUGUAAAUUUAUACCUAUUUAUAUAAAUAAAUAUAAGUUAUAUAAAAAAAUAGGUAAUUUUAUUUAUACUAAAUUUAUAAAAAAUAAUAUUAAAGAAUUAAUUUUAGAUUAA